GAGUGCGUAUGCGAAUUGCAGUCCGGCCAUCUGAGCAAAAACAUCCGAAAUGCAUCGAAUGCAUCCACAAAUCAACGCCUGAUCCCCACCAGCAGCCCAAUCGGUUCCAUGUGUUCAAUGUAGUUAGUGUGUUUGUUUGCAAGCGAAACCAUACGUACAAUGUGCUUAUCCUAGAUGUAUCCUGGAUAAUGCGAAAACUGAAAAGUGUGCAAAGUGUGUGCAAAGUCGCGGCCAUCGAACAACCAACAAGCAAACGCAACUUGUUCGCAAUCGCUUGCGAAUUAAUUUAAAUCGAAAUCAAACAAAAAUAAAUCGCGCGAAAGAACUACAUACGAGAAAAAUGCACGCGAUGCAAAGUGUGAAAGGCAUCUGAGCCGGAAAGUAGGCAACACGGGUGCAACAGGCGCACCAGGACACCCCGCAUUCACCCCGCCCCCAGAGAUCCCCUCCACCUCUCCUCUCACGCUCCGCAGGAUCGCGGGCUGGGUCGCCACCACCAUGAGCAGCUCCUCCAGCCGCCCGCUCUGCCUGCCGCUCUGCCUGCUCGUCCUCUCCGCGCUCAAUGGCCCCGCGGCGGCGGCAUCCCGAGUCCGCGUCAGCUCCUCCACCACCAUGACCAGGAACAUCGAGGAGGAGAACGCCCUACUCUUACUUUUAGCUGGACCUCCCGUGCUAUCCGAGUCCAUAAUGGGCACGGUCGGCCGACUGCCCUGCAACGUCACCCCGCCAAUUUACGAGGAUCGAGUGGCGCUGGUCAUCUGGUACAAGGUUGGCCUGAAGACUCCCAUUUACAGUGUGGACACACGCGACUCGAACUUCGCCCAGGGAACGCACUGGUCGGAUGAGACCUACCGGGAGCGACUCUCCUUCCACGUGGAAGGACGUGCUGGCACGCUGACCAUCAAGUCAACCACGGAGGACGACACGGGAGAGUAUCGCUGCCGCGUCGACUUCCAGAAGAGUCCCACUCGCAACUCCAAAGUGAAUUUAACUGUCAUAAUUCCGCCCGAGUCCGUGAUUAUAUUGGACAGCAAGGGUGUGACCAUCGAGGAUCACACGCUGGGUCCUUACAACGAGGGCUCUGGGAUAAACAUCACGUGCGUGGCCAUCGGCGGACGACCGCAGCCGAGGGUCACCUGGCUGCACGGCAACACCGUCUACAAGAACGCCAGUGUGGGCCAACCGCUGUCAGAGCGACGGGUGGGCAAUACCCUGUCCCUGGCGCGACUGGAGCGGAGGAAUCUUCACAUGCAGCUAACGUGCCGGGCGGAGAACAAUAAUUUGACAACGCCAAUUAUCAGCAGCGUCGUCCUGGACAUGAACCUGCGUCCUUUGAUUGUGAAGCUGCAGGGGGAGAAUCGAGCUCUGUCGGCGGGGAAUUCUUAUCAGCUCAGCUGCGUUGUCAUCGGAGCACGUCCAGCGCCGACGAUUACCUGGUGGAAGGGCAGUACCCCCAUGAAGAAUACUCACGAGAUUGCUACACCGGACGGAAAUCUUACCACCUCGGUGCUGACAUUCACGCCCACCAUCGAUGACCGUGGCAAGUUCCUGUCGUGCCGCGCGGAGCAGAGCAUGAUACCCGAGUCCGGCAUGGAGGAUGGCUGGAAAUUGGACAUUUAUCACAUACCGGUGGUGAGUCUGGAACUGGGCACCAAUUCGCUGAACUCCACUCUACGCGAGGGAAUCGAUGUCUUCUUCGAGUGCAACAUCAAAUCGAAUCCCUGGAUAUACGAAGUCAGCUGGCGGCACAAUGGCAAGAUCCUAACCAACAACCCAGCCGAAGGCAUCGCCGUCUCCAACCAGAGUCUGGUGCUCCAGAACGCCAGCCGGGCGAGGAGUGGCAUCUACACCUGUGUAGGCAGCAAUCGGGAGGGCGACGGCGAGAGCAAUCCCGUCCAGCUGGACAUACGAUUUGCACCUGUGUGCCGACCUCGCCAGCGACUCUCCUACAGCUCGGGCAGGCAUGAGACCGUCAAGGUGGCCUGUGAAAUCGAUGCCAAUCCCGCGGAGGCCACCUACGUUUGGAAAUUCAAUGCAACUCAGGGCGAAACAGUUGACAUACCGGCUUCGCAAGUGGCCGUGGAUCGGGGCCGGAGUAUUGCCCAUUACACGCCCAUGACGGAGAAUGACUACGGAACGCUGCUCUGCUGGGCCACCAACGAAAUUGGCGAUCAAAGUGAACCCUGCGUAUACACAAUAUUCCCAGCAGGCGAGCCGGAUCCGUUGCUAAACUGCACGGUGCUCAACCAGACAUCGACGGGAUUCCAGAUCGAAUGCAUUGAGGGCUUCAAUGGCGGCCUGCAGCAGGACUUUAUAAUGGAGGUUUACAUGAACGGAACGACACGACAUCCCAAAAUUUCCAAAUCAAAGCGACCGUACUUUGAGGUAAGCGGCCUGGUGCCCGGCAUGGGCUACAACGUCUUCCUCAUCGCCAACAACAGCAAGGGCCGUAGCAACGCCACCAUUUUGCAGGUCUACACGCUGAAGGAUCCGGAGAAGCAGACGGUUACAAUAACAUUCACUAAGUCCUUCCAAGGACUCAGGCCUGCCUAUCCCAAAUCAAAAUCAAAAGCGACCGCGACCACGACCACGACCAGCGACUGCGUUUGCGAUGAGGACGAGUUCCUAAAUCUGGGCAAGGGAUUUGGCCACGACGAGGGCACGGACGCUGACCAGCAAGAAGACCUCUCGCUGGCCUAUGCCCCCGUCAUCGAGGACAUCCGGCCAUUCCUAGGCAUUCUGGCCGGCAUCGUGGGCAGCAUUUUCCUGGUGGCCCUCAUCAUUGUGAUUGUGGUGCGUGUGCGCGGCUCUUCGGGGCGCGAUCGCAAUAAUUACUCGCAUCCGGGCAGCGGCGGCGGCGUUGGCGGCAUUGGCGGCACCACCGGCAACGGCAGUGGGAUGGGCGGCAUCGGCGGUGGCAUUGGCGGUGGCGGCGGCGGCGGCGGAGUGGGCGGGACGACGGCCAACGGGAAUGGCAGUCUGGGCCUGCUGGCGAGCAACAACAAUGGCAGCCUCGUCAUCGGCACGCUGGGCCACAAUGGCGGGCAAUCAGUGCAGGAUAUGCAUCGCAUCGGCCGGGAGACGUGCCAUGUGACGAGCAGCCUGGACAGCAUCGACAAGAAUCCGGACAUCAUACCGCAAGAUGGACACGACCUGGACGAUGAGUGGACGACAAAGGGACAUGGUCGCACAUACGCCACGGCGGCGAUGGCCGAGCAGAAUGCCGUGAUAACCUCCGGCACCUAUGAUCACCUGAUGCCCACGUACGCCGUCGUCGACAAGAAGACAGCUCCGCCCCCCGGCCAUGGCCAGUACAUCCAGUAUAAUACGCUCAUUCCCGUUAGCAAAAUGGGCGCUUAUGCCAAUCAACAGCAGCAGCUCCAGCAGCAGCCGCAACAGAAGACUGAGCUCAGCUACAGCGAACUAAGCGCCCCUCUGGUCGGCGGCCCGGUGGGCGUCCAGCGGAUGGCCCCCUACUGCAGCGCGACCUUGGGACGGCCGGGCAGGCAGGCGGAACUUAAGCGGGCGGAGCCGAACAUCUACUCGCAGGUAAAUGUGAUGAUGGACGACGAGAUUCUGGCCGACUUGCAGGCGGCCGCAGCUUCCGGCAGAAGCUAUGUGGCAGGUGCCGUGGUCGACAACGUGGGUGGAGCGCCCAAUCUCUACGUUCAAGGCUAUGCGACGCGUAUCGAUCUGGCACAUCAUCCCAUGCCCAUGUACUCAACGAGCCCGAUGUUUGGCACGAACAGCACCAUCACCGGAGUCACCAUGUCGCAUCCAUCACAAUUGGCCACCUUCUCGCCGACGCCGCCGCCGCCCAUCUUCACCCACAGCAUGGUGACCACUGGCGAUGGCCUCCUGCAGCCGGUGACGUGCAUGGGCCUGGUGGCAACAUCUUCGGCUGGGGCAUCGGUUCCACUACCCCCGCAUCCACUACCCCCGCAGCAGCAACAGCAACAGCAGCAUCAGCAGCUGACAGCGGCCAAUGGCGGAAACGGAAGCAUCGUCGGCAUGGGCAUGAGCCUUUAUGGCAGCGAUGUGGGCAAACCCCAGCUGCUGAAGACCGUGCCGGAGGAGGUGCACCAUCAGCUGAACGGGGAGGACAUACUGAUCGCCCAGGAUCGCAAUCUCGGAUCGGGAACUCGCUUCUGACGCUAAACUCUGGGUCGGGAGGAGCAACUAAUCUAAAUGUCAGAGCCACACAGGGAAUGCAAAUCAAAAAAAAAUGAAAACUGCAAAGAGAGAACUAUGAGAAACUACAGAAAAAAUCGGGGAAUAAUUGGUAAACAAAUUGACUAUAAGUUGUAUGUGAUGAGCCAGAAAAACCGCAAGAAACCGCAAAUGAGUUGAUUUUAAAGCAGAGGAGAGCUGCCUUAGUUAGCACUCUUUUAAGAAAGCAAAGAACAUUGAACGAUGAUACCGAAAUGGAUGGCAAACCCUGUAAAAAGAUAACAAUAAACUGUGCAUGUAAAUUGUUCGAGGCAAACGUGAAGCUCAACAAAAAAAAUCCAUUUAGCCUAAGAAGACGUGUAAAUUACGGAAUUACAAUUAACACACACUUAUAGCUAUAAUUGAAACUAACAUUAAAUCGAAGGAAAACGAAGGAAAAAGUAACACUGAAUUGUUAAUAUAUUUUUAAACAACAGCUUUAAGCGCCAAAAAAGAGAAACAUAAACUUUUAGCUAAGUAAACGAAUUCAUAAUUGUUGUUGACCUUUAGUUUGAGUAACCUAGCUCCCAUUAACAUUUAGCUUGUAACUUGGGCGUAACUAAGGCAUUUACCACAUCUAAAUCAAAUUCAUUUAGCUUUAAGCUCCAAACUUAGCAUAGUUCAAAAUUGUAAUAAAAAACGAUCAUAAAGAAUUUAAUGAAACACUAACUCUAAGGUAACCAAAAAAAAGAUAAUGAACGAUUCAUAAACGACUUAAAUUAGCAAAUCCAGUUUGCAUUUUAUACGUAACGAACUACGAGAAAGAAAAUCCGAAGAGGUUUGCAAGAGAAGCAGACAAAUCGCUGGGGAAGUGAAAUUCUAGUUUAAGGAGAAAUGCAUAAAAUAAUAAAAUUAAAAGGCUAAGCAACUGCAUGUAAAAUAUUUAAU